AUGCAGGAUGAUAUCAAUGUGAUUUGUGGACUACGGAGUGUGCUCCGGUCACCUGCACCGAUCACCUCAGGGAUUGCUCCAUUCGCUGCGCUCCAAACCAAGACAAAUGUGAUCAAGACGUCACUUCCAUUGGAUUUUGUUCAUGCACGAACUGCUACUGUGACGAUAUGCCCGACGAGCCAUCAAGGAGGGCUCUUCGACGACUCAUACCGGCCUCCGGCGGUAGUCUUACCAUGUCGGAGCCAGCUGUCACCAAACGACGACAGUCGGUCGUUGCAGCUUGCGAAGCUUUGUGAUGGGACACGACCACAAUGCUCUGCAUGUAUAUCCACCAGAAGAAACUGCCAAUACACUACGCGACCAUCUGAAACGAGAUCAUCGGCUUUAAAGCGGCGCAAAACCCACGCAGAACAGCAACUUCGAGACAUCCACAGAUCUCAUCGGGUUCUGCUGCAGCUAGUUGGCACCCUCGCUACUUCUCCCGAUGCUGAUGCUAUCGCUAUUAUUCACCAGCUCCAACAAAGCUGUGACCCUGAACAUAUUGUUCAAUGGAUUGAACAUGGGGGUUUAAUACGGCAGUGUAGGCAACCUGACGGUGCCACCAAGCAAGCUUCAGCAGACUCUGCUCAAGACCUAGCAGAUCGGCAACGACGUGUCAAGUUACCGCCAAUAGCCCGUUGGUAUGACGCAAAAGGGGAAGCAUACGGGGAACUAUUCGAACGCCUGAAAUACGCCGACGAGAGACGUGGUGAGCAGAUACUUCGUAGAAUGCAUCAGGGUCAAGAUAUUUCGGACGUAGUCAGUCUUCUGGAAGAUGACAACAGCCCUACUUAUAGCGCGGCUCACCAAAACCUAUUAGCAAUAUACAGCAUCUAA